GCAGGCGUACCGCAUCAGUCUUAGCUGUUAGCACUUUUCACACUUUCCGCCGCCGUCGUGUAAGUUUGGGGGAGAUGACUAUGGAUAUGACUUUCCUCGGGACCGGCUCGGCCUACCCGUCUCCUCACCGCGGUGCCUCGGCUCUGGUGCUGCGGACUGAGGGGGAGUGCUGGCUGUUUGACUGCGGGGAGGGGACCCAGACCCAGCUGAUGAAGAGCCAGCUCAGAGCCGGUCGAAUCACCAAGGUUUUCAUCUCCCACCUGCACGGAGAUCACCUGUUUGGUCUGCCUGGUCUCCUCUGCACUGUGAGCCUCAACACCAACCCUGAGCAGCAGAACCUGAACUGUGUUGACAUCUAUGGGCCCCGGGGCCUCCGGCACUUUCUAAGGGUGACACUUGGCCUCACAGGAUCACAGCUGCUCUUCCCUUAUGCAGUACAUGAGCUGGAGCCCACAACUGAACAGAGUCCACAGGAGGGACAGCUCAGCCUGGAGAUAACAGCGGAGCGCGGUCCUCUGCACCCACAGGAGCAGCCAGGCAGAACAAUCCCCCUGGAUGUCUCCAGUGACUGUUACCACCUCUUUGAGGACAAGACGUUUGUAGUCAAGGCCUUCAGGUUGUUUCACCGUAUCCCCUCCUUUGGUUUUUGCAUUCAGGAAAAAGAUCGACCUGGAAGAUUGAAGACUGAAGUCCUGAAGGAACUAGGCUUGAAACCUGGGCCGUUGUAUGGACGCCUGAAAGCUGGUGAGCCUGUGACUCUGGAGAGCGGGCGUGUCCUUCUGCCUAGUGAUGUGCUGGAAGAAGCAAUUCCUGGAAGAAAAGUUUGCAUCUUAGGAGACUGCAGCUCAGUUCUUGGGGAAGGUCCACUCAGGUUGUGCAAUGGAGCAGAUGUCCUGGUUCAUGAGGCCACCCUCGGGGACGAGCAACGAGAGAAAGCCGUGGAUCAUGGACACAGUACACCUGAGAUGGCGGCAGCUUUGGCUCGGACUUGCUGUGUGCAGAGCCUGGUGCUGUACCACUUCAGCCAGAGGUACAAACCCUGUUCCCUACAGAAGGAAGGGGGUGAGGACGAUGUCUCGGAGCUAAAGAGACAGGCGGAAGAUGCUCUGCAGGACAGUGGUGUAAAAGUGACUCUGGCUGAGGACUUUCUUACUCUGCCCAUUCUGCUCAAAAGAACAAGGUUGUCAACAGAAAACACAAAAUAAUGUUAAAAAAAGAAAAAAAAAACAACUCAAUGUUUAUGUACAAUUC